AUGAUUCCCGCUCGUUCUUGUGUUUCGCGACGCUACCGAUUUCGCUUCUCGCUCAGCGGCCGCCACACGUAGCGCCGCGCCGUGGCGGCAUUCGGUUUCUGUCGGUCGAGUGAGUGUGUCGUUAUAGUUACUCCUCGCUGUCAGACCUUUGUACACAACCUACGCCAACAUUAACAACAUUGAACCUUGCUAGAAAAAUCAUCAUCAUUGAAUAACAUGAUAGGUGACGAGGAACGAGUUCAUCAAUGUGGCGAAUGUGGGCUAACGCUGUCCACUCGCAGUGCACUAACGGCCCACGCGCGUUCUCAUCGUGCUACUGCCGAUGCUCAUCGUUGCGACGUUUGCCACAAAACCUUCGCCGUGCCUGCUAGACUUGUACGCCAUUAUCGGACCCAUACUGGUGAACGGCCUUUUGAAUGUGAAUAUUGCCAUAAGAUGUUCAGUGUGAAGGAGAACCUGCAAGUGCAUCGGCGGAUCCAUACUAAAGAACGACCCUACCGAUGCGGUGUUUGUGACGCGGCUUUCGAACACUCCGGAAAAUUACACCGCCAUGCUCGCAUACACACAGGAGAGCGGCCGCACGCCUGUCCUCAUUGCCAUAAGACCUUCAUCCAAUCAGGACAGUUAGUCAUUCACCUUCGGACCCAUACUGGAGAAAAACCAUAUCGAUGCCCGGCGCCUGGCUGUGGCAAAGGGUUCACAUGCUCGAAGCAACUGAAGGUACACUCGCGCACACACACCGGUGAACGUCCUUACACUUGUGACAUAUGUUUACGAGAUUUCGGUUACAAUCAUGUGCUAAAAUUACAUCGUUUUCAACAUUACGGCGAGCGAUGUUAUCGUUGUACCGUUUGUGAUGGCACAUUCAACACCAAAAAACAAAUGGAAGCCCACAUAUACAAAGAACAUGGGGCAGACACACCCCGCAAUCAACAGAUGCCGUCUGCAGGGUCACUCGUUGUGAAUGGGAAUGUUAUGUGUGAUUUGGUAGAAGCUGCCUUGCAGCAGUUACCACCGACUCCUCCUAGUUCCCCGCCGUCGCCGCAGUGUGUCACCGCCGCAGCUGCGCCCGCCGUGCCAGUGUCCAACCCGUCGCCUACGGUUUCUCCUUCACCCUCUCCCUCGCUGACACUAUCCACCUCUGUUCAAUAUACCUUUGCCCCAUCAUCGUUACCGCCCCGGAAACGGAAACUUAUUCCUCAACCUGACGCCGAAGUGCCGGCUGUCCGGCAUACUUCGGUAAUACAAUUUGCUCCGGCAGCUGUAUCUGAUUCAUAGUAGGCUAUAUAGUUAUAAAGCUUACAAAAUUUUAUAUGUACUAAUUACAUGCCUACAUCCCUUAUGUGUAGUAUCCGAUAGUGUAUUUUUCCAAGGCUUCUUAAAUUUAUUUGGCUUGUAAUGUUGUCUCUCGUAGAGAUUGUAGUGGACUAGUAGUGGUAGAAGCGUAAAGUGUAAUAUUAUAAUUGCCUAUGGAUAGAUUGUUCAGUGUGUGUAUUGGAAACUUGAAAUGCAAAUAUAUCUGUAAGCAAUGAAUUGUGAAACUUAAAUGUUUAAGAGUUGAGGUAAAGACUAAUAAAUAGAGCUAUUAAGUGCAUUUGUGCCGUUAUUGUUAGGUAAAUAAGUUUUUUUUUUAUAUAUUUAAUUGUGUAAGUAUGUUUAAGUUUAUUAUAAUAGAUUAAAAU